UCGAAGUUUGACCAGAAAUCUUGUAAGCUACCUGCUGUUAAAAAGGUCAAUAUACACCCACACCUCAUUUACUCUCAACGCGUCCAUGCUUACAUACAUACAGGAAAAUAAUAAAAACACUUGAAUGAAUAAAGAACUUGCGAAGCUUUUAGUAGAAAACAACAAGGCAUACAUUAUUGAAGCGUAAAAGCAUUAAAACUCAACUGACAGCUGUCAGCUGUCCAUCGGCAGCAAAUCAGUCAAGCACAAAACCCUUAACGAAAUUCAAUACCGCAAAAAUGUGGUGGCAACGGCUAGCAACUACGACGACGAAUGGCAUGACAUUGAUCAUCUUCAGCAGCGCAUUGUUGUUAUUUAAUUGCAUGGAAACAGCAGGUAAGCCAACGGCGCGCGUGUCAACUGAGGGCGGUGAAAUGAUUGAGCGCGACAAAGCAGAAGCGCUGACGACAAUUUGGCCUGCCAGCAGUACAAUGACGCGCGUGAUGAGUACUGCGGAAAACGACAACAUAAGUACUGUCACGCCGAGUCAGCAGUCGAGCGCGCAGCAAAUGUCGACCGACAGGCGCACUGUAACGCCACGAAAUAUGCAUAAUACCACGAGAACGUCAGCGGCAUACAAUGCUACCCACGCGCAUGCAGCACUGACCGGUCGGCAUACGCAACGCAGACGCACUUUUUAUGAACACUGUCUGGCGCAUCGCAAUUCACUCGCCGAUCUGGCCACAGUCAUACUCUACUCGCUCGUUUGUCUUGUCGGCAUCUUUGGUAAUACGCUCGUCAUUUACGUCGUGUUGCGCUUUUCGAAAAUGCAGACUGUGACGAAUAUCUACUUACUAAAUUUGGCGAUCGCCGACGAAUGUUUUUUGAUCGGCAUACCGUUUUUAUUGUAUACCAUGCGUAUUUGUGGUUGGCGCUUCGGCGAGUACAUGUGUAAAGCUUAUAUGGUUAGCACUUCGAUUACGCAGUUCACUUCAUCAAUUUUUCUACUGAUCAUGUCUGCUGAUCGUUAUCUCGCAGUUUGUCAUCCGAUCGCCUCGACGAAAUACCGCACACAACGCAUCGCUAAGAUUGUAUCGGCUAUAGCAUGGCUGACCUCAGCUGUGCUUAUGCUGCCGGUCAUACUCUAUGCGAGCACUAUUAGCCAAGAGGAUGGCGUGAAUCUCUCUUGUAAUAUAGAAUGGCCUGAAACGUACAAAAGGCAUUCGGCCACUAUGUUUACGCUAUACACAUUCUUUCUCGGUUUCGCCAUACCACUCAGUUUCAUUUUAUGUUUUUACGUUUUGGUCAUACGUAAGCUGCAUGCGGUCGGCUCAAAGCACAAGUCAAAGGAAAAGAAACGUUCGCACCGCAAGGUGACGCGCCUUGUGCUCACCGUUAUCACUGUUUACAUAUGCUGUUGGCUGCCGUAUUGGAUAUCACAGGUGGCGCUUAUCAACUCUAAUCCUAUGCAAAGUCAACUCUCACGACUUGAAAUACUCAUUUUCCUAUUGCUCUGCUGUCUGGUUUACUCCAACUCUGCUGUUAAUCCGAUACUCUAUGCUUUUCUUAGUGACAACUUUCGCAAGAGCUUUUACAAAGCUUUCACUUGUAUGACUAAGCAUGAAGUGAACGCUCAACUGCAGGCUGAGCCGAGUCUGUUAGCGAAACAAAGCAACAGCAAAAAUCGGCAGAAGCGUCUGCUCAACGCUAACGAAAAUGAGCCACAUUUUAUAGCAACAACAAGCGCAAAUAACAGUUCCUCGGUUACAACUUCUUCAACAACCAUAGCCCCAGCGGCGGGCGAGAAGGCGUCAGCUUUGCUACUGGCAACUGCAACCGCAUCGACAGAUGGCGGCGCUCCUGUGACGCUGCAACCAAAUGGACGCACAACGGUGCGCGCAGCGACACUUGAGGGUGAAGAGAUGAUACUAGUCCUUGAUCAUGAGCGUCCGAUGUGCGCGCUGGUGGAGCGCGAUGAUGUGAUUAACAAGGUGCUGCAAACGGACUUGUAGACGGGAAUUGUAGGCAUAUACUUUUAGGCGUUUUACACAAAAUUUAAAAAUCACUUGUCAUACAAUUGGUCUAUAUUGAAAUUUUAUGUGGAAAUUGUUGUAAAGAUAUUGGUGUAUUGUUUAAGAUUUUUUACCAUUAAAGAAAAGCAACACGUAUAUUUUCAAAGGUCAGAACUUUGACACACGUUCUAUUAAUUUUUGCCUAAACGUAUGCUUCAAUAUAGAAACUAUGUACUUUGUUUUUUCCUUUAGAUCCGGUGGAAAUUUCGUGAAACACCUUUGUGGUACAAAAUUAUAUAAUUCUACUGCCGGCAUAAGAUUAAUAUAUUGUUAAUAUUAAAAAAUCAUGAAAUAUAAAGUUUUGUUUUCCAAAACUUUUUCCUAAUAAAGCUAAAAAAACUAAGGUUAAUCCAUACAGGAUGUAAAUCAAAUUACUAAAAAUUUAUGAAACUCUCUUAAGCAAAUUUUGCUGAUAUAAAAUUUUUUAAUGCAAUAAGCAUAUCCACCACUAAACUUGCUGUAGAACUCAAUUCAUGUGUGUUUAAUUAUUAUACAUAUAUUUAUAAUCUUAAAAAUAGGCAACAUUUUGUUUUUGCGGAUGAGGGAUAUAAAAUGCUUCGGCAUAAGCAGAGCUGUCAUCAGAGCAACGGUAUGUGCCAUUUGCACAUCACUCUCCCAGCCUGUAACCGCGUUUGCAUUACUUCAGGGUGGCGUUCCAUUAUUUUUAAUGAAAGAUUUACAUCUGCUUACCUGGUCCGCCACUCGCCUUUUUCGCCGUAGCAAAAUUGCUGCGUAUUUCUGGAUAAUCUUCCAGUUUUUUCGAUAUCCAGCGGCCAAUCAGUACUUCUACUGUGGUGUGUUCCCGUUUCAUCGCAUGUUGACGGCUCUACGACUUUAUACAUUGUAUGUAGGUACUUUCUGAAAUAUCUGUGUCUGAAUUUGAAACUGUGUUGUGUAGAACUAAAUUUUGCGGCUUGUCCUUAAUAAGUCUGAUCCUCCAUCUGCAGCGACUUUCACUCUCUCAAGUUCAUUGCCAUGCGAGUAUCGUAUCUUUCUUUAUUCUAUCAAUAGCGCUCUUCUUAUUUUCAUCUUUUUUUGAAAGUCAGUUUUUUUUUUUUUUUGUUGUCUUCCUAUGUGUCUCGGGCUGUGUUUACUGUUGCUGUGUCAUCCGCAUAGCCGAUUAUAUAUGUUUCGUCUGGCAUUAGUAUUAGUAUACCAUAAUAACUAAUAUUUCACAGGUCCAGGCCUAAAAUGGACCCUUCUGCUGCUCCUGAUGUAACUUCUAUGUCAUCCCUCUCUAGUAUGGUACUUCGGUUUUCCGUUACUAAGUUAGCUCCGCACCACAGAAUUAAGGUAAUCGAAAACUUUAAAAUUUUUUCUAAAGCUCCGAUCAUGUCCGACCAUCGUAAGUUUUGAGCUUACCAGCGGCCAGUUGCAGUUUGUCGGGAGUGAUCUGGGGGAUUUCCAAUAGUCUUAUAGCCUGUGCCGAUUCAUCAAAAGGUGAAUAUGUUAACACAUACAACAUAACAUAAUUUCGAAACUUUCUCGUUAAAGCAACGAUGCCCGAUCAUCAACAUAAAUCUACCAAAUAUUUUGU